AUGUCCGAUGGGUCUAGCGAUGACGCGAAUGAUUAUGUCGUGAUACCUCGUCCUGGCGCCCCUGGCAAGAACCACGGCGAACCGCCACAUGUUGUCCAGGAGAUCAAAACAUGGCUAUCUCCGACCGAUACGACUUCGCCAGCGAGCGAGUAUCGGAAGCAUCUCAACUCUCAUGCGACCGGCACGGGAGAAUGGAUCCUGGAGACCGACCAAUAUCGUCGGUGGAGCGAGACCGACGAAAUCGGCGACCUCUGGAUCAGGGGCAUUCCAGGAAGUGGCAAGUCAGUAGUUGCGGCCAGUAUGGUCAGAAGGCUGCAGCGACGAGGAGACGCGCCGGUUUUGUUCUUCUUCUUCCGAGAGAUCAUCGAGGCGAAUCGAACUCCACAGUCACUGGCACGGGAUUUCUGUCACGGGCUGUUGGAUCAAUCUCCCAUUCUUCAAUCGAUGUUAGAGAACUUGAAAAGCAAAAAUCGGGACGUAGAAGCGGUUCCAUUCAGUGAGAUCUGGAAAUGCCUUUCCUCGGCUCUGGUGGCAAUGCCCAAAGUCUACUGCGUCGUGGACGCACUGGAUGAAAUGGAGUCGGGCCACGAUCAAUUUUUGCAGGAUCUUCUCAAUUUUGGGAGGGAAUCACCGAAAUCAAUCAAAUUGAUCCUGACUAGCCGUCAGUUGCCACAUUUGGAAAAACAUCUUGGGGGCUCCUGUCUUCUUGAUCUCCGGCUGGAUCGCCGGAAUGUGGACAGAGAUAUUGCCAUGUACAUUACUCAGAGGCUGGAAUCCGAGGUCACCCUGACUGACGAGGAAGCAGGGGAAAUCAAAAAGGUAAUAUGCGACCGAGGAAAGGGGCUUUUUCUGUAUGCGCGCCUUGUCACUGAUCAGCUGCUUCUCCACCCGACGACCAUUAUCUCUCAAUUGAACCACCUACCAGAUGGCUUAGGAAGCAUGUACACAAACAUCCUGCGUGAUCAUGCUGCUCGAUCCCAAACGACAGCGGAAUUCCAGCGAUUGGUUUUGGAAUACAUUGUAUACUCAGCGCGACCGCUGCGUCUGCUUGAACUCUCAACAAUGAUUGACUCAUUGCCCGAUCGCGGUGGCCUUUCCGCGGACCAACCUGCGAAAAUUGCCAUUCGUAGCACAUGUGGGCCCUUGUUGGAAGUCUGUGAGGAUGGAGUAAUCCAGAUCAUCCAUCACUCGCUGACCGAGUUUUUACUCAACCGCGACGUGAGCCACAUUCAGCAAGCAGCAAUCGAUAGAGAAUUUGCUGUCCUUGAUCCGGAGAUUGCCCAUGAGAAUAUUGCGCGCGGUUGUGUGAAAUAUGUCACUCUUUGCUGCCUCAGAGAAUUGAAUCAAUUCACCACGAAAACAUUUCCUGACAGCAGAGCCUUGUGGCAGCGAUACCCUUUUCUUCAAUAUGCGGCAAAGAAUUGGCUGUACCAUACUGCCAUGUUCAGUGCAACAGAAGACUUUCUAUCUUUUCUUGAUGCAUUCUUCAAUGAACCUGCCACUUUCGCAUCGUGGAAAAGGCUGUGCCUUUAUGUGCGACUACCUGACCUUACGGACUCGACUCCUUUGCAUGUUGCGGCACACAGUGGUCUGCAAGAUUAUGUCGAGCAUUUACUUGCGAACGGUGCAGAUACGGAAGCUCUUGAUGAUUAUAAUCGAACGCCUCUUACCCAUGCUGCUAUGGAGGGAUAUAGUGAAGUUGCGCAGACACUCCUCAACUACAGUGCUCGCUAUGACUUGGUUGACGAUGAUAUGAUGACUCCCAUCCAUUACGCGGCAAAGCUGAACCACGCAGAGGUCGUACGUGUUUUAUUGGCCGUGGGGGCGAGUCCUUCUGUGGCUGUACAAGCCAAGACACCAACGGAACCAGGAGGUUACAGGGGAAGAUAUGGCAACUUUGACAAAGGAGAAACACCUCUCUCAUACGCAUGCCGGUUGGGUCAUGUUCAGACCUUUGUGGAACUGCAGCCCUACAUUGAUCCAUCAACAUUGCGCCAAGGCUUUCUUCAUCUUGCAACUCGACACAACCAAGCCCAAAUAGUUGACCUUCUUUUGGAGCACGAAGAAGUGCACCGCGGCAUUGAUGACUAUAAUGACACAGGACAAACAGCCUUAUAUCUUGCGGCUAAAUAUCAAUGUACCGCAAUAGUUCAAACGCUCUUGGAGAAUGGCGCAGACUUCAACAUCCGAUCGCUAGACAAGCCAACAAAAACCGAUGGAUCCGAUGUGUCACAGCAAAUCAACAUACAAAAAAUGGGUUUCACACCCGUCCAUGGUUGGGCUCAACUUUCGGGGCUCGAUCACGUCAGAGGGACUCAAUGUAGGGAAAGAAAUCGUGAGGUGCUGGAACUGCUUAUCAAGGCAGGCUGUGAUGUCAAUGCUACUGACUACAAAGGGCGGUCGGCAAUCUUUGCGUGGGCAGACUUCCACAAUGACAACAUCAACCAAAAGACCGCUGCGUUUAUUUCUUCACUUCUUGAAAACGGCGCCGACCCUUCCCUAGAGAAUCUGGAUGGAGGAACCCCACUUCAUGAGAUUGAAAGGAAUCGCCAGCUGGAGGAAUGCUUAAAGCUGUUUGUGCAGGCCGGAGCUGAUAUUAAUGUCACAAGGAAGACAGAUGGGAUGACACCGGUUCAUAUAGCCGCCCAGGAGCGAUCUGUGGUGGAUUCGAUGAUCUUUUCCCGACUCAAAGCCGACUUCAACAAGCAGGACCUGCGAGGGAACACUCCUCUGCACUAUAUCUGUCAGAAUUGGUGCAGAUUAUGGAAACACAAAGCCGAGGAGGCUUGGGUCUCUUUGAGUGACUUGAGCAUCCAGAAUCAUGCCGGACGCGCAGCGCUUUCCGAGUUUCUGACGCAUAUUUCCUCACAAGGUCAUCAUGAAGACCUGAGCCUUUUCCUAAAGCAUGGAGCAGACUUAGAGUCUAGGGAUCAUUGUGGACGCACUGUGUUGCUCACAUUGCUCUCCAGCUCUAGCCUAUCUAGGCGUCAAGCAGAAUACAUACCCGACCUCUUGCGGCUCGGCGCGGAUGUAAAGGCGAGAGACUUUCAAGGAAAAUCAGCAUUACAUUACGCAGCAAGAAGCGUCGAACAAGUUUCGAUUCUGAAGAUGCUUAUCGAUGCGGGAGCCGACAUCAACAGUCUUGACCAUGACGGUAAUUCUGUCUUCCACGAUAGCAUAUACGGUUCAUGGCGGGGGGCAAGGUAUAACACAGAGGCUCUUAUUGAUAGAAAUGUACCUCUCAAUCUGCGCAAUCAUCAGGGGAGAACUGCCCUACAUCUUGCUGCUGCGAAUCCUGACACAGGAAAGAGGGAAACCACUAAACGAGGGACGGUAACAUGGCUCGAGUUUUUGCUGCAUCCCGAGCUGGCUUUCGAUGUCAAUGCGCGAGAUCAUCAAGGUGUUACUCCUCUGCAUCUUGCAGCUGCCACAUCCGACUUCAAUACCCGGCAAUUAAUGGACCACGGCGCAGAUAUCCAAGCAAAGACCAUCCUGGGACGAACAGCUCUUCACUACGCCGCGGCAGCAGGGCAUCCAAAUUCUGUAGGCCUCUUGCUCGAGGCUUACGUGGCCCAGUCCUUAACGGUGGAUGAUAUAAGCGUGGAGGGUCGAACAGCGCUGCAUGAAGCUGCCAAAUCUGGGAGAUAUGAAUCCGUUAAACUUCUACUUGAUGCGGGCUCGCGAGUCAAUAUCCGUGAUAGACAUGGAAGAACACCUUUGCAUGCUGCUGCUGAGUUUGAUCAACUCUCAAUUCCGCGCAAAAGGAGAAAGAUCUAUGAGUCCACGGAAACGCAUGCUGGAAAGCGCCCAGACGACAAGAUCGAGAAGCUCGAAAGUGUCGGACUUGCAAUAAGCAGCGAAGAAGAUUCUCCAUCUGCUCGAGAGGUUGUACAGGUUCUCCUCGCAGCUGGAGCCGACCCGGCCCAGCGAGACAACGAUAAACGCACAGCUUCGGAGACUGCAUUACUUCUCGGGUCAUUUGAUGUUGUGGAUGAGUUAGCAGGAUUAAUGGCCCGGACAAUCCUUUUGACUGAUGAUAAUCCAGGACUGAUCGAUUCAGACCCCGUAGGAGAAGCUUUAUUCACCUCUUCUCGUGAAAGCUUGUCUAUGAUUCUCGGCACAAUGCUAAAAUCAUCGGAUGAACAGGCUGUCCUGAAGCGCGUGAUUUCCACCGGAAAUCUGAGGCUAACAGAAGAGUUACUGUGCUCACCCGAUAUUAACUUUACUAAAGACGACAGAGCAUCAGCUCUUCAUUUUUCUGUCCAAUGGGGUCUCUUAUCAGUGACAAGAUGUUUGUUGCCAUACAUUUUGAAUUUGCACUGCAUCCUGCCGUUACUCCUUGAGACUGCUACUCAGCGACAUCUGUGCAACCUUGAAAUGGUGAAGCUGCUGAUACAAAGUGCUGUGCGCAUCCCCUGUGGAGAAACGUGUAUCAACUCUAAAGAGGGCUGCAAGAAGCUUUACUGCUCCAGUGCCCUGCAUAGACUCGCCACAGGUAAAUAUUGGUGGUACCCUCGAGCGCUUGCCAUAUUACUGGAGGCUGGAGCAAGCACCGAGCUCCUAAAUAAGGGAAAAACCCCGCUACAGACUGCAUUGCAAGCGGGAAGACCAGAUGCGUAUGAGAUCUGUCUCUGGUGUGAUGAGGCUUUCGAUAUUUUACUCGGUUCUGGGGCAGACGUCAAUGCUUCUUCAGCCCAGGGCGAAUCGUCACCACUUCAGGACGCAUUAGAGAGCAAACGAGACGUCUCAAUUGUUAAAAGCCUUCUAGAUCACGGUGCGUCAGUGAAGGGCAAGCCCGUGGUAGCAUCCGCAAUAACCGGCCAGAACACUGCUGCGUUAGAGGUACUGCUCAAAGCUGGCGCCGAUCCUAACGUUAUGUACACAACCACAGAGUUCUAUCAAGCUAACAAGCCCGAGACCCCACUCAAGCACGCCGCUGGGAAGAAUGAGGCACUCAUGGAGAUUCUGCUUGCGAACGGCGCAGACCCGCAUCACCCACUCUACGACGGGACAUCGUCAGUCUUGCAUGAGAUCUGCGCUUUGAAUGCACGGGUAACCCCCAUUGCCAGAGCGGGCUAUGAUAUUGAAACUAGAGACAACAAUGGCCGAACACCUCUUUUACGAGCCUGUAUCUUUGGCGAAUACCACUUCCGUCUCGCCAGAAGUCCGCGAAAUGAAGAGUCUUCUGCGAUAGAGCUAAUUCGUGCUGGUGCUAACGUCAACGCCGUCGACGAUUCAGGAUCAACAGCUCUUCACUAUGCUAUCUGCUCCGGUUUGGAUAAAAUUGUCAGUGAGCUUCUCAAUCACGGCGCUUCCUCAACAGCACGCAAUAACCAUGACCUGACGCCUCUCCAUUCUGCCCUGACUGGUCUAACCAAUCUGUCGGAGCCUCCGGAGGAGGACUACCACAUACCCUCUACUCAGAUGGUUCGACAGCUGCUUGCCAAGGGCGCGGAUCCACUUGAACCCCUUCCGGACGGCAGAACAGCGUUACAUUGCAUAAUCCCAGGACUGAUGCAAAACAGCGAGGAAGAACGGCCGGCAAGGAAGGCACUCGGCAAGCAGAAUGAGACUGAUGUCUCUUUCCUCGAUUACAAAGCGCUCUACCAGACCUUCGUCGACGCAGGAUGCAGCCGCGAAGCUCGCGACAACGAAGGCAACACUCCUAUAUUCGCGUAUGUCCGGAGAAUACGAUGCUAUCACAGCGACAUAGAGAGUCGCAUUGCGCCUGAUCUUGAUGACAUGUGGGAUAUGUUUACAGCGCAUGAUAUUCAUGCUGUAAACAAUGCUGGAGAUACCUUGCUUCAUGCGGUUGCGAGUCGAGAGGAGGAUUGGGAAGAUCUUCAAGACCACGAUGUCAUGAUUUUCAAAUUGCUGGUAGAUUUAGGGUUGGAUCCGGGGGCGGAGAAUAAGGAUGGAGCUACGCCGUUGGAUGUAGCUGAUGCUUGGGAACGGGAUGAGAUUUUGGCAUUAUUUGCUCGGGAUGAAUGAGCAUGGAUUCGACUUUGUUUGUUCUGGCUUUUGAUGUUCUAUGCCGGGCGUUGGUUGUUACUCGGUGAAUAAUAUAUUUCUACGCGCAAAGUGCAUCCAAUGUUGGCCAAAGGCUUGCUGAUCGCAAUGUACCCUCAUGG